AUGGACAACACGCUGCAGCCGUGGACGCUGCAGCCGUGGCCCAACUACAAGCGUCUUGACCCUUUUUUUGAGAGGGGAAGGUGGUGGGGAGGCACGCUUCUGUCUAAACUGGCCGGAGAGAUCGUGCUUGACCCGGCGACGGAGGCGUUUGCCGAGCAUGCCCGCAAAGCCAUCCUCGACCACGGCAUUUGCAUCCUUCCGUCCGUGCUUGCAAGGGAGUCAAUCAACAGAUGGAAGGAGGGCUGCCAUCGAUUGCACCAGCUGGUCGAGGAGUUCGGCUUUAGCGAGAAUCGCGGGCACAAGCGAUUUUCUUUCGGGAAUGCCUACAAGAAGGGAAACUGCCUACAUGAGCCAGAGUGGGCUGAGCAGAUCGCUGGGGCUCCCGCGGUGCUGCAGGUCCUGGACGCUGUUUGGGGCCGUUGUGCCUAUCGCUGCUGCGGCGGUGGCGGCGAGUGCGUGCUGCCCCAAUGCUGGGAAUACCAGCGGCUGCACAGCGAUGCUGGCGGACUGGACACGAACAUGCUGCCACCCUUCCUAUCGGUAAACUUCACCGUCUGCGACCUGACGCCGUUUAACGGCCCCACGCGACACGUCCCGGGCACCAUGCGCACGGACCCCUGGGGUGUGCCCUGCGUCCAGCUGGAGAACCCGAGGUUCCUGCUGUCGACGGUCGCCCCGCUCGAGGCUGGUGCGGCCAUCAUCCGCGACAUCCGGGCCUGGCAUGGCGGCACCCCCAAUGUGACGGAGGUCCCACGCUACCUCCCGUCCAUUGAGUACGAGCCGUCGACAAUGCCGAUGGAGGAGAGGUCGCUCCCUCGAUCUGUUUUCUGCAGCCUUCCGCGCCGAGCUCAAGAGCUUUGCAAAGACAUUGCAGCGCACGAGGGCGAGCAGAUCGACUGCGCGUUCCGCAAUUCGGCCGAGGAGCCCGCGGCCAAGCCGCUGGCGAAGCCCGCCGCGGGAAAGCCGGUGGCCAAGACCGCCGCGGCGAAGCGCCCCGCCUCGCCUCGGCCUGGGCCCGGCCGCUCCGUGGCUGCCACGAUCGCGCGGCGCCUGCGCGCGCAGGCGAAGAGUGCACUGCAGCUGCCGAGCGUGGCCAAAACCAAGCUUUGCACCUUCUGGCUCGAGGGCAAGUGCCGGCGCGGCGAACAGUGCGAGUUCGCCCACGGUGUGGAAGAGCAGCUGGAGAAUUGCAGGAGAAUCCCUUGCCGCUUUCACUUGGGCACCGUCUAUCCUCCCUCGUGCAAGUUUGCCCAUGCCGCUGCAGAGGGCGCGCUGACGACGUCGCCAGAGGAGGUGCCGGAAGAGUUGGCGGUGGAUGACGGAGACAUCUUCGAGUCGGUCAGCCAAAGUAUGGCCGGGGCAGAGGCCCGGAGCACGGCCAGUGGUGUCUUCUGCCAGAGCGAUGUGGUGGACGUCGACCAGUGGUUAGACUAUGCUGACAUGAGCGGCAUGAAGCCGCAGAAGACGCUCCUAUGCAAGUUUUGGCUGCGCGGGAAGUGCCAGCGAACCUCCGGAUGCGCCUUUGCCCAUGGGGAGGACGAGCAGCGCGAGGCUUGCAAGCGCAUGAGGUGCCGCUUUGACAAGGAGGGGUUCUGCAAGCAGGGCACCGCCUGCUGGUACGCGCACGGCGAAGAUGCCGUGGAAGAGCUGGAACCAGAUCCGGGGCCCUUGCUGCCGUUCGCUCCGGGAGAAGCAGAGCCAGAGUUGCCCCAGCCGAUGCUGGAUGCGCUGAGUAGUGCCGCCUCGAUGCGAACCUCCGAGGAUGACCCCACAAAGCCUCAGAAGACGCUCCUCUGCAGGUUCUGGCUGAAAGGCAAGUGCCUCCGCCUCCGUGACUGCGCGUUCGCCCACGGGGCGGGGGAGCAGCGGGCGGCUUGCGCUCAGAUCAGGUGUCGCUUUGAUCGCGAAGGCUUCUGCAAGCUGGGGGACGCCUGUUGGUACGCCCACGACGGCCCGGGCGCGUCCCCGUACACGUUGGGUGGUGCAGGGCUCGGCCCGAUGGAUCAGCCAGGACCAGACUUGCCACCACCUCCAGGACUGGAACUUCCCAGUGGCAGUUUCCUGAGGGCCCCGCCAGGGCUGGAUCUCGCCAAUGCAGAGAGAUGA